AUGCUUAUGAAUAAGUUGACUUUGACAUUAGCAAAGUUUACGCAAGUAUCUGCCUGUGCCAUGUUUAUCACCAGCGAUAGCCGCAUCGAUAAACCGCGAUACCCACCGUAUAUCGCAUUCCUUAAACCUAUCGUACAUCACCUCGGUCACUUUAGCUCUCACGUGACAGCCGGUCAAUUUGCGCAGAUGUUUGCCAGUGUCCGGCUUAUCGCCCGCAAUACCCGCGUCUAUGAAUCCCGAUAUCCACCCGAAGUCGGCCUCAGAGGCGCCGAUAACCUGCGGAUCGCCCUUCAGUUGAGCGCUAAAUGUCGGGAACCACUAUAUGGUUGA